AUGAACCUUGUUGGGAGCGAAGCAUCAAGCAUGGUCGGGCGCACGUGGAAAGAUGACCAUGGCAACUACGAAGUAGCUCUAGAUGUGAUGCAUACCCUGCAUUGCGUGAACAAAGUAAGGAUGGCUCUGGAUCCAGAUUACUACAAGGAGGAAGAAAGCCCCAGAAUUCACAGGAUGCACGUUGUUCUAGACCACUGCCUCGACUACCUCAGGCAGACG